AUGGUCAGUUAUUUUGUGUGCCAUGUAGCCGGACCUUUAGAUCGAAGUUCGGUUUUGCUAGCCACAUUAGAGCCUAUCAUAACAACGACCCGGGUUAGACAUUUGGGAGUCGCCGUCGCCGGAUACGGCUUGGACGACAUGCAGGUCAAACAAUUCGACAAAGCCGCCGGAGACGUCAAGAAACUGAAGUCCCUCCCCAGCGAUUCUGACCUCCUUGAGCUGUACGCCCUCUUCAAGCAGGCUACCGUCGGUGACUCCGACCCCUCAAAGGCCCCCGGUUUCUUGGACCUGAAGGGCAAGGCCAAGUUCGAGGCAUGGACCAAGAAGAAGGGUCUGUCCAAGGAAGACGCCCAGAAGGCAUACAUCGCCAAGGUCGAGCAACUGAUUGCCUCCAUCGGCCUUCAGUAA